AUGCACUGGGAACAGCUCGAAAAACACACACAGACGGAGGAGCUCGAGGCCAUCAUACCGAAGUACGAGGGCCCCGCAGAAGAUGGAUGUAAAGAACGCGGAGUUAGUUCUCUCGAAGACAAGUCUAUUCGGGGGGAAAUGAGCGUUUCGAGCGUGGAGACGAUUUGUUCCUAUUCCAGCGGCGGAUCGCGCCUGGGCGCAGCGGGGGAAGUCAACGAAGCGGGCGAAACAGGCGAAGCGAAGGAAACACAUCUAACGAAAGGAGAAGAAGAAACGAGCGAAACAAUCCAAUCUGACGUGACAAACAUAGCCGGCACAACAAAGCGCGUUGACGUACGUGCCCAGCCGAAGGAACUGAGGAGAGCGUUCACCCCUGAUGACUCCACACAUACACAGAAGGCGGCGCUAAGUUGUGCGUUGGGAAGAAUAAGCUCCAACUACGUAAUGCAUGCUAGUAACAACACAAGUGUUGUUGGAGAGUGGAGCAGGAAAUUGAGCACCUCCAAUACGGUGAACCUCUGUAAGGUAACAAAAUUUAUCAACCUGUGUGAUGAAGAACUCUCCGUCAGCUCUCCUUACAUUAGAAAUGAUACCAAGGGGGCGAAGACGGUGGAGGAGAUGCCACAGGAAAGUGUCACUCAUUUGAGAAAUUGUAAGUUGGAGAGUCAUCAGGUAGGUGUGAGUCAGGCGGAGGGGAGUUUCGAAAAUGCCCCACAGCAUAUCAACGAUAAAGACAGGCAUAGCAACGAUAGAGACAGAUAUAGCCACGAUAGCGACAGGUAUAGCAACGAUAAAGACAGGUAUAGGAACUCCUCCAAAGUGAACAGACAAUCCGAAGCAUCAGAGGAUCCAUGUUAUGACCACCCCUGUUGGAACAAACGAGUGUUCAUCCGGAGGAUCGAGGGAAACUGCCACACGAAUGGAAGAAAUACAUUUACCUAUUUAAAUGAUGUUCUAGACAAGACAUACAAAGAGACUGUCGAGCUAGAUGGGUCGGAGUAUAUUUUUUUGUACGACAUUAUAUGUGUUGAGGACGCAGAUGUAGCUAGCCAAUUAGACAGAAAAGGAGAAUCUACUCUGAAUCGUUCUUGUUCUGCAUUUGCAGGGAACUGUAGAAUCCCACUAGAGGAAGAAAACCAUGUCCUCAAGUUCAGUGCCUACAAUAAAUAUGUAAACUUUUUUCAUAACUUAUCGAACCAAAUGAAUAGAAUUAAGAGACUGAUCUACCCGAUCGAGGUGGAUAUGUCAACAGGUUAUACAUCCAGGGGAUCAUUAACAAUUGCCGGGGAAACCUCAAUGGGGGGUGCGCAUAACAACACGGAAACAAAAAGGAGAGAUGGACCACAACCACAGAUAGCGGGAUGUAGAAUGGUCGGUGGUCUUGACGAAAGGAAUCUGGAGUCUAUACAAUCUCUCUUCGCAGAAGAAGAACACCUGAAGGGUAGCCUGAAAAUGAAGCUACUUGAGCGACUAAACUGCAUUUUUUUCACCGCCAUGGGGUCUAUUGGGAAAGAGGUUAACAGUACGGUUGAUGAGAAUUGCGUCAAGUGUCCUGUUAACUCAGAUGAUGACACCACAUCUAAGAACCCUUCCAACCUUCAUGUAAAUUGCCCCCCCCGGAAGAACCAACUAACACCAUUGGAUAUGAACAAAAUUACACAACACAUGAAGGCGAGUGCAAAUAGAAGGAUCCACGAAAGCGAUAUCUAUGAUAUUAAUAUUCUGAAGAAGGGGUACUUCUACCUGUACGUCCAGAAUGGGCAUUGGGAGCACUACUACUGUGCCCUCUUCCAUAUAAAGAACAACGUACUGUUCAAAAACGACCUCCUAUAUACACACUACUGUAAAAUAUAUGACAGAGGAAUAUUACACAACGUACUAAAUUCACCUGACUCAUACACCAAUUAUUUCAUGGCCUUCUUUAAAGACCACCAUUUUGACAUGAACAGAAUGUCUGACCUGGAGCUAGCCAUCAUGAUCAGGAAAAAUUAUUAUCCAUUCGUAAUUGAACUAUCACUAAGUAAAAAAGCAAACAUUACCAUUCACACAAGUCCGGAUGUACUGCUCCAUGCUGAACAUACACAACCACAACGGGUGAGGAGCUCUCUCACUCUGUUUGAUAUUACCUCGGAUCCGUUUUAUCUGAUCCCUAUUGAGUUUUUGCAAGAAGAUGGAGUUACUACGAUAAGUGGAGGCACUAGAAUGAUCAAGGGAUUGGCUAAUGAACCAUCCCAAGGGAAUAUUCCAUCUCAUGCCAGAGUAAAACUUCACUAUGGCCUCCUCAAGGAGUGGAACGACUCCCUCGACUGUGUAAUGGAGAAAGCCAAACAAAAGCGCACAAGCCUUUGCGACAAAGGAGGGCAAAGCGAGAAGACGCACUACGUGAACAAAAAAUUUAGCCAGUGGAUCGAGGCAUUUAAGAAGGAGAGGAACAUCAAGGAGGGCGCUGCGUAUCAAUAUAAGUAA